AACUUACAAAUAUAAGUAGCCCCGUCCCUUUCCCAAGUGUCACUCUCUUUUCAAUCAUUACACACUAUGGCUCAACAAACAGGAUGUAGAGAUUCCGGCGUGCACUCUUCAAGCGGGAAUGGAGGACCAAAGAGCGCUGGCACGCAGCCCGUGGCGCCAGCUAAUUUCGAACGUCAGAUCCAUGAAUAUGUCAACCACAUCCAUCAGAGCCGCAACCGCAAAAUCCGCAGCAAAAGCGAGUUUUCCCAGAUCCAGAAAAGCAUGGAGUUAGUCUAUGGGCGCAACACACGUUUAUUCUGCGUGGACAUCGAGGCUUGGGAGCGCAACACGCAAAUCGUGACUGAAAUUGGCGUUUCGAUCUACGACCCCCAAAAACAGGCAAUGGCACUUUUGCCCGUCUUGCAAUCGUACCACAUCAUCAUCAAGCAGCUGCAAAACAAGCGGAACGGACGGUACGUGCCGGACCAUAUGCACAACUUCAUGGAAGGCCAGCUGAUGUUGCUUCCAUUGCUCGAAGCCAAGGCUUUUUUGCAGUGCCUCAUUGACAAAUACUUCGGCAAGCAGACGGGCAUUGCUUGCGUGUUUGUGGGCCAUGAUGUGCACAACGACGUCGACUACCUUGCAAAAAUCGGCGUCCGCGUCCCCAAAAAUGUGCCGCAGUUGGACACCCAGAAGUUGUUUGCCUGUUCUCAUGGCUUACAUGGCGCCAGUUUGCUGAAUGCACUCCGUACAGUCAAACAGCCUUUUGCGUUUUUGCACAACGCGGGAAACGACGCUUAUUACACGGUUUUACUUGCUUUGAGGUUGUGCGAUCCUAACGUUCGUUUGAUGCUAGGGCUCGAUCUCUUGGCUGACGGCGAACAGCUUGGUGACCGCAAGAAUUACUUGAAGACGCCUGCAAAUACCAGUGUGCCCAUAGCCGUUGAUUUUCGGGCUGUUCUCCGCCAACUAGACUUGUAACAUACGUGUACAAUGGAGCCAUCAUCAAACGUUUGUUGCCAGGACAAAUGUUUCUAGAAAAUAUGAAAUUACUUUCAGCAGCGGUCUUGAUUCAAAUUUUGUUGCCGCGUUUUCGUUUAUAUGUCAGACGGAGACAACUUUGUUUCGCAGUCAAAACGGAUUUUUGGACAAAUCCUAACAAUUGAUCUUGACUGGCUCAAGAUAUUUAUGAAGAUCAACAGACGCCUUUGCAUUUCUAGCAUGCUGAAUCGAGGGCUCAAGAUAUUUUAUUUCGAUUUACUUGUCAUGUGUGUCUCAAGUUUGAGCAACUGUUUAUUUCUUUACGGUGUAGUAUUCUUGAUGAAGGAUUUGGUCGAUUUCGCUGUCUCAAUCAAAUUUGAAAAUCAUUAUACAAUGAAAAUGGUGCUUCCAAAAAAGGCCUGUACCAGAAUAGUUUCUCUUUUAGGCAAAACCGGGCUGGCCCAUUCGUCUCAAAUAUUUUUUAAUUUGAACUUCUAGCC